AAUAAUUCUCCUACACUAGUACAACACAUUUUCUGAUUGUCUUGUUCAGAAUCCAUCCAUCACAGAGACUCGGGGUUGAAGAAGAUGACGGAGGCGAUGAUAAGGAAGAAGGCAGGAAUGGCGAGUGUGAAGGAUAUGCCUUUGCUUCAGGAUGGUCCACCGCCGGGUGGGUUUCCUCCGGUUCGGUAUGCUCGUCGGAUCUCCAACACGGGUCCAAGCGCCAUGGCUAUUUUCCUUGCUGUUUCUGGUGCCUUUGCUUGGGGUAUGUACCAAGUCGGCCAGGGAAACAAAAUCCGCAGGGCGUUGAAGGAAGAGAAAUACGCUGCACGUAGAGCAAUUCUUCCCAUUCUUCAAGCAGAAGAAGAUGAAAGGUUUGUGUCUGAGUGGAAGAAGUAUCUAGAUUACGAGGCUGAUGUGAUGAAAUAUGUUCCUGGUUGGAAAGUUGGUGAAAACGUGUAUAACUCUGGUCGCUGGAUGCCACCAGCCACCGGAGAGCUUCGUCCUGAUGUUUGGUAAUAUCUAUCUAUCUAUGCGCCUCCUUUUCAUGAUGUUGGUGGAUAUUGUGUAAGCAUGUUAGAAACUUGAUAUAUAAUAAGAGACAAUGAUACAUACAUACACACACUUCAUGUAUUGAGGAACAUAUUCUUGUUUAUGUCUCUUUGUCAAUGGCAAAAAUUAAUUUCUACA